CGCGACUUAAAGGGCAACACGCAUCGUUUUCACAUUUUCCACCUGUUCUCUAAUGUUGGACGACUUCAAAAUGAGAACCUGCGAAUUGAAUGUUAUUAAAUACUUAUUGUUCGGAUUUAAUUUAUUGUUUGCAAUAUCUGGAAUUGGAAUAAUAAUUGCUGGAGCUUUAGUCCUUUCCGAUGUCGGUGAAUUCAGACAUUUUAUGGAAGGGCAGGUAUUGGCUCCCCCAGUGGUUCUUAUCGUUGCAGGAUGUAUAGUGUUCCUGGUAGCUUCUCUAGGAUGUUACGGAGCUAUCAGAGAGUCUUACUACAUGCUCAUGGCGUUUGCCUUGUGCCUGCUUGUCAUUUUUAUUAUUGAACUGGCAGUAGGAAUAGCAGCAGCAGUGUACAAGAAUGAUUUCCAUAAAGGCAUUAAACAGCUGAUGCGGGAGUCAAUGAAUAAGUACGAAACCAACGAAGCCGACCGAAUGGCUUGGGACAACCUGCAGACAAAGCUGAAAUGUUGCGGAGUCGAUAAAAAUAAUGAUUGGAUUUUGCUGCUUGGAAAACGACCCCUAUCCUGUUGCCAUGCAACUAGAGAUGGUUCUCAGCCUCCAGAAGCUAUUCAUUGUAAUAGUGCAAAAACCGGAGACGAGAUACUAUACUCCGAUGGAUGUUUCGAUAUGAUAGAAUACAAAGCCGAAGAAGCGUCCAAGGUGCUUAUCGGAGUGGGAAUAGGAAUCGCUUUUGUUGAGGGCAUAGGGACAGGUGGGUUUGGGUUCGGAUUUGAUGGUGGUGGUGCUGACUUGGAAUGGGAGGUGGGUUUAGGAACAGGGUUCGUGGUUGAGUGGGUUGGAGGAUGGGGGAUUAGGGAUGAUGGACUUGGUUUUGGGGUUGGGUGGAGAGAUCAUGGACUAGGGGCGGUUUGGGUCAUGGGUGGCAUGGAGGUGUGA